AUGGAAGGGGAUGUCUUUCACCUUGAACUGCAGCUUCUUCAGGCCAAGACGAAGCUCAACUUCUCUAGGAUAUACAACGUGGCAUUGAGAGGAGUGGCUGCUCAGUCAUCACAGUUUUCCGAUCGCGAUGCUCACUAUGCAAUCGAUGGGUACAGAAACACAAACUAUGGAUCCUGCACCCACACUACACAGCAGACCAACCCCUGGUGGAGAGUGGACCUGCUGGAUGUGUACAAAGUGACAGCUGUCACCAUCACCAACAGAGAUGAAGUUCCUGAGAGGCUUGAUGGUGCUGAGAUCCGUAUCGGUAACUCACUGGAGAACAACGGCAUCAACAACCCCAGAUGUGUUGUCAUAUCCCACAUCCCAGCAAGAGAGACCUACACCUUCCAGUGUAAUAAGAUGGAGGGUCGCUAUGUUGUUGUGGUCGUCCCUGACAGGAAGGAAUAUCUCACUCUGUGUGAGUUGGAAGUAUAUGGCACUCCUGCAGUAAAUGUAGCAUUGAAAGGAGUGGCCAGUCAAUCAUCACUGAAUGGUUAUGGCAAUGCUCAUAAUGCCAUUGAUGGGAACAGAGAAUCAGACUAUUACAAAAGAUCCUGCACCCACACUGCACAGGAGACCAACCCCUGGUGGAGAGUGGACCUGCUGGAUGUGUACAGAGUGACAGCUGUCAGCAUCACAAACAGAGGAGAUGAUGUUCCUAAUAGACUUGAUGGUGCUGAGAUCCGCAUCGGUAACUCACUGGAGAACAACGGCAUCAACAACCCCAGAUGUGUUAUCAUAUCCCACAUCCCAGCAGGAAAGACCUACACCUUCCAGUGUAAUGCGAUGGAGGGUCGCUAUGUUGUUGUGGUCAUCCCUGGACAGAACAAAGUUCUCACUCUGUGUGAGGUGGAAGUAUUCGCCACUGUCAAAACUCCAGAGUCUUCCACAGAAGCCCCCAAGUCAAAGAGAACGGUGGUGAGGAUGAAGAUCCAAUCAGAUGCUGAUCUGACAAACCAGGCAGUCGGUGACCAGCUACUACAGCAGGUGAGAUAG